AUGGAUUUGCAGACUUGUAUUGUUAUCCUAAUCUCUCUCUGCGUUUGUUUACUAAUUAGCUUCAUUUUCAGUCGUUUCUUCUCCUCAAAAACCAGAAAUACCAGAAAGCUUCCACCAGGACCUCCCACCCUUCACCUCAUUGCCAACUUCUUAUGGCAUCGAAAACCUUUCUUUGAGCUUGGAAAAAUCGUCUCUGAUCUUCGCAAAAGGUACGGUCCGAUCAUCACCAUAAAAAUUGGCUCCGAACCGACCAUUUUCAUCACCAACAACACUCUCGCUUACCAAGCACUUGUUCUAAAUGGUGCCAUCUUCGCAGACCGCCCAAAGACCACAUUUGCCGAUCGACUCUUUCCAAACAAACGUAAAGGCGUAAGCCUUUUCCCCUAUGGUGCAACUUGGCGCUCCCUCCGCCGAAACCUUACAGGUACAUCAGGAGUUCUCCACCCUUCUCGUCUUAUAUCCUGCUCUCAUAUCCGUAAACGUGUCUUGGACAAUUUAAUUCAUCGCCUUAAACAGGAUUCUGAACAUGAAGGAGGCAUCCAUGUAGUUGAUCGUUUUACGUACACAAUUUUUUCUUUGUUAGUUCUCAUGUGUUUCGGGGAUAAUCUUGAUGAGAAUACAAUUAGGGAGCUUGAAUGCUCACAAAAUAAAUUUUUUACCUGUUUUCCUAAAGUAAAAGUGUUUCUUAUCAUGCCAAAUUUGGGGAAGAUCUUAUUUAGAAAUCGAUGGAAUGAGUUUGUAAAUAUGCUUAAAGAUCGAGAAGAUAUGUUUUUGUCCUUGAUUAGAGCCAGAGAGAAAAUGAAACAAGGUGAAAAUAAGGGAGAAAACAUAGAUCAGUUUGUGUCAUACGUUGAUACCUUAUUGGAAUUACAAGUUCCAGGUGAGAACAAGAAGUUUGAAGAAGGCGACAUAGUAUCUUUAAGCGAUGAAUUUAUCAGUGCUGGAACUGAUACAACGACAACAGCAUUGCAAUGGAUCAUGGCAAAUGUGGUCAAGUACCCACGAAUUCAAGAAAAAAUAUCUUUAAGCUAUUUUUUUGGGUUCUAA